AUGUCGUCGAAUGAGCAGGUUACUCCAAGGGUGUCGGAAGACAACCUAGAUGGCAAAAAGUCUAUGGAAACUCCCCAGAGCCCUUCUGAUAUCCCCACCACCAAAGAUAUCACCGCAGAGCAACCAACUUUACCGGAAAAAUCCUUGAAAGAUUACAUUUCCAUCUCUCUUUUUUGUAUUCUUGUUGCAUUCGGUGGAUUCGUGUUCGGUUUCGACACCGGAACCAUCUCCGGGUUUGUCAAUAUGACCGACUAUAAGCGUCGGUUUGGUACACUUCAAAGUGAUGGAACCUAUGGUUUUACCGAUACUAGAACCGGAGUCAUUGUGGCUAUUUUCAACGCUGGAUGUGCUAUUGGUGGUAUUUUCUUGUCCAAGAUUGCCGAUGUUGCUGGAAGAAGAAUGGGAUUGAUGUUUUCUAUGAUUAUUUAUGUCAUUGGAAUUAUUGUUCAGAUUACUUCAACCACCAAAUGGUACCAAAUUGUCAUUGGAAGAGCCAUUGCUGGACUUGCCGUGGGGUGUGUUUCGGUGUUAUCACCACUUUUCAUUGGUGAAACUGCUCCAAAAAUGUUGAGAGGAACCUUGGUUUGCAGUUUCCAAUUGUUUAUUACCAUGGGUAUUUUCUUGGGUUACUGUACCACCUACGGAACAAAGCAGUAUGAUGAUGCUCGUCAGUGGAGAAUUCCAUUGGGAUUGUGUUUCGCUUGGGCUGCUCUUUUGGUGGGUGGAAUGCUUGCUAUGCCUGAGUCACCUCGGUACUUGAUUGAAAAGAACAAAAUUGACGAAGCCAAAAAGUCGCUUGCCAAGUCCAACAAGGUCCAUGUCGACGAUCCCGCAAUCUACACCGAAGUGCAAUUGAUCCAUGCUGGUAUCGAGAGAGAAAGAUUGGCGGGUUCUGCUUCUUGGACUCAAUUGUUGUUUGGUAAGCCCAGAAUUUUCGAAAGAGUUCUUACUGGAGUGGUCCUUCAGUCCAUGCAACAACUCACCGGUAACAAUUACUUUUUUUACUAUGGAACCACCAUUUUCAAAGCUGUUGGAAUGGCCGAUUCUUUCCAAACAUCAAUUGUUCUUGGUAUAGUGAAUUUUGCAUCCACUUUUGUUGGAAUCUAUGCCAUUGAAAGAUUGGGUAGAAGAAUGUGCUUGUUGAUAGGUUCCGUGUGGAUGACUAUCUGUUUCAUCAUCUACUCGGUAUUGGGUUCUGUUCACUUGUACAGAAGUGGUUAUGACAAUCCUAACGACACAUACAAGUCAUCUGGUAACGCCAUGAUUUUCAUCACUUGUUUGUUCAUUUUCUUCUUUGCAUCUACAUGGGCUGGUGGUGUCUACUCCAUCAUUUCGGAAAUUUACCCAUUAAGAAUUAGAUCCAAGGCUAUGUCGGUAGCCACCGCAGCCAAUUGGAUUUGGGGAUUUUUGAUCUCGUUUUUCAGUCCUUUCAUUACUUCUGCCAUCCACUUCUACUACGGAUUCGUGUUCACUGGAUGUUUGAUUUUCUCGUUUUUCUACGUCUACUUUUUCGUCUACGAAACCAAGGGCUUGUCUUUGGAAGAAGUCGAUGAGCUUUAUGCCCAAAAAAUGCCUGCAUGGAAAUCCUCUGGCUGGGUUCCUCCUUCUCAGGACGAGAUGGCCACCUCCACCGGCUACGCGCGUCACACCAAACCUGAGGUGGACGAAGCCGAAAGGGUUUGA